CGCCCGCGGACGGCGUAGGGGCGGGGUCGCCACGCUCCGGUUCUGGCCGUCGUCAUGGCGGCUGCGUCGGGCUCCAUGCGCCUGCAGCGCUGCAUCGUGUCGCCGGCUGGGAGGCACAGCGCCUCUCUGAUCUUCCUGCACGGCUCAGGUGAUUCUGGACAAGGACUGAGAACAUGGAUCAAGCAAGUUUUAAAUCAAGAUUUAACAUUCCAGCACAUAAAAGUUAUUUAUCCAACGGCUCCUCCCAGGCCAUAUACUCCUUUGAAAGGUGGAAUCUCCAACGUAUGGUUUGACAGAUUUAAAAUAUCUAAUGACUGCCCCGAACACCUUGAAUCUAUUGAUGUAACAUGUCAGGUGCUUACGGAUUUGAUUAAUGAUGAAGUCAAAAGUGGCAUCAGGAAGAACAGGAUAUUAAUAGGAGGAUUUUCUAUGGGAGGAUGCAUGGCAAUGCAUUUAGCAUUUAGAAAUCAUCAAGACGUAGCAGGAGUAUUUGCCCUUUCCAGUUUUCUGAAUACAGCAUCUGCUGUUUACCAGGCGCUCCAGCAGAGUGACGGCCUGCUCCCUGAGUUGUUCCAGUGUCACGGUACCGCAGAUGAGCUAGUUCUUCAUGCCUGGGGCGAGGAGACAAACUCCACGUUGACGUCUCUGGGGAACGGGUGCAGCCUCACUUAUAAAGGCCCACACAGACGCCUGGGGCUCUGAAUGGCAGAUUUGAGUUGGAACACUUGUCACAAGCCAACACUCAAGUAUCCUGGAAGCAGGAACAAAAGACCGAAAGACCAAGGCCUGCGAAUGAAGUAAACAAGCCGGGAAUGCUUUGAGGCUGGUGGAGUCCGUCCUUAUCUCGCUUUGUUCAAGCCCGGACUUCAAAGCGCGCUAUGACUCAGAGCCACCAAAUGACUAAAAGCAAAGGCCAGCAUGUGAAUUAUGGGGUGAAGAGAAAAGGAAAUGAUGGGAACAUUUGGAGAAAAAAAAAAGAAAGCGAAGUGAAAAACCACUCCUCUUCAUGCUUCUCAUAUUUCCGCGGCUCCAUAUCCUUUGCCUCCGCUGGAGAAUGUGAUAACAAUAUAGGAACGUGGUUAAGAGACUGGAUUUUGGUGGCAGAAAAUGCUGAGUUGGUAUCUCAGUUUGGCCACCUUUUCUCUGGCUUACCUUGGGAAAGUUAAGUCUUCGUUUUCUCCUUAAAGAGACUAGUUCUGAGGUCUAAGGAUCCCUGGGAACUAAGAAAUAUACUGAUGGAGGGAAAACAUUUCGCACAGUCCCUGGAGCAAGAGGUAUUCAACACCAGCCUUGGCUGUUUGGGGCUUGGCUGUUACUGUCCCUUCGGCUUCGUCAUUAUGGGCUGGCCACCCCGCCGUCUCAUCUGCCAGGACCAACUACUGCAGAGAACACUCCCCACUUAUUUCCAGUCUGAGCUGCUUCUUCCUCCGAGGGCUGGGACCUCGAUUUGCUACAUAGGCCUUUGUGCUUGACCACAGUCCUUGUCAGUAGCAGAGCAGAAGAAAUGGACUGGAAGAGGCAUCUCUUUCCCAGAGUUAUGUUUUUUUAUUUUAUUUUUUGUCUUUUUAAGGCUGUGCCUGC